AUGGAUUACGCCAAGCAGAUAGUGGCGGCGGAGAUCAACGGCAUGUGCUGUGCCAAGAAGUUGGUUGCCAAUUGUUUCGAUGGGUUCAGUAAUUUGACUUUGGAGCCCAAGAAAGUGACGGUGCAGUGGAGAGAGGAGAAGCCGCGGAGCGGAGGGGAUGCCUUGGCUGAGUUGGAGGAAGCCUAUGCAACCAUCCUGAGGGGACUGGGGGAAAACCCAGAGAGGGAGGGACUGCUAAAGACUCCCCACAGAGCCGCGAAAGCCAUGCAGUUCUUCACUAAAGGUUAUCAGGACAAUAUUCCAGACAUUUUGAAUGAUGCUGUCUUUGAUGAGGACCACGAUGAAGUAGUUAUUGUGAAAGAUAUCGAAAUGUUUUCACUAUGUGAGCAUCAUUUAGUUCCAUUUUUUGGCAAGGUACACAUAGGUUACCUACCAAAUAAAAAGGUGGUUGGACUAAGCAAACUAGCAAGGAUUGUUGAAAUCUACAGUAGAAGACUUCAAGUUCAAGAACGGUUGACCAAGCAAAUUGCUGUAGCCAUUACAGAGGCUUUGAAACCAGCUGGAGUAGCAGUCGUCAUAGAAGCCACGCACAUGUGUAUGGUGAUGCGAGGUGUACAGAAAAUGAAUAGCAAAACGGUGACCAGCACAAUGCUUGGAGUUUUCCGUGAGGAUCAAAAGACACGGGAAGAAUUUCUCACACUAACAAAGGAGUAG